AUGAAGCACAAAUUGUUGAUGUUCAGUUGUAAAGAAACAGUCAAGAGUGCGAUUACGACGUUCAAUAUUGCUCUUGUCACUCUUGCUCUUUACCCCAUUUCCGAUAUCCUAUUGAAGCUGAAGAGCGAAGAAUUCUUCCAUGCACUUGCUGAAAGAGGGAGACGAGGAGUGCCUCUCUCGACAAUCAAUACCAUUUCUAGCCCGGCAUUUGGAAUGCUGAACUCGAUCUACGCAAUAAUAGUGAGGCAAUGCUCACGAUUUUUUGUGGCUGCUACUGUUGGAUCUCUUAUCGCGUUCGCAACUUCAAUCCUUGCACCAACUGCAUUGAGCAUUCAAAGUGUCCUUGCAGAUGGCGACAUUGUAGCCCUUCCAGCCGGGGCAGUGGCUAAUAACAGUGUCUAUAAUACUACCUUCGGGUUAGAAUAUGCAUCCGAGUAUUAUGCUGAAAACAACGCAGACUUUGCCGGGUCUAUUCUAUGGGCGGAGAUGAGCCUUGGAGUACGGUACAACUUUUCUGUUGCUGCUAGUCUUGAAGCAGAUGUCUCGGCGUUCAUCGUACCUCAACCACUCAAUCUUCCGAUGACUUUGACCGCCCGCUGGGUGACGGAUGUGAUUGGCUUGAGGCCAUCUUGCACAUGGGCGUCCACUAACAUAACCCAGCCUAUCAUUGUGUCUAAUGGAUCUUCUUCAUCGCCACUGGCAGGAGUAUAUCUGGAAGAACUGGAUUUAGACAUGGCAAUUGAUUCCAAUGACGUUGGGUUAGGGUCGCAAGCAAAUAUUGCUGUCAAGAACCCCGCGUCUUCUUUGUUCAACCACACCACCCUUAUGCCUCCUACAGACGGCUCAUCAGUCUUCCUCGCUAGUCAAUGCACCGAAGGCUGUCUGAUCGAUCCCACUUCCAACUAUGUAUGGUUGAAUUUCACUGGGAUUCCGACGUUCACUCUUGAACUCCCUCCUUCGAUGACCUUUGGGCAAACCAAUGUAUUGCAAUUGGCUUGUCUUGUUUGCAAACCGAAUGCAGUAAUUGAGACUUGUGAGGUUCGUGCAGAGGGGGGUGCCAUGUUGUCGGUCCAGCCUCUCAGCGAAGGGAAGCAACUCGCGCGUCAAGGAAACCUUUUCCCGCUCGAUACAACGACCAUGUUGUCGUUCGCACUGAGUAGCAUGCAGAAUGCUGGACCUUCAAAUUACAAUGGCACGAUGGAUCUCGGGUCUCAACCCUUAGUCAAGUUCUUUUUCGGUUCCGAGCAGGUGGAAUCCUGGCCAGGAUUGGACAAUGGGUCUGGCUCAGAGUUCGUGAAUGUUACGUUCCUCCCAGUCGGGAAUCUUUCGACAUGCUUUGGACAGAUGCUUCAGUCAGCAUCUAAGGGCUACCUGGGGUCUGCCUAUGUUCCAGCCAGAAUUUCAGCUCUUGAAGUUGUUUUCAUGUCUUCUUUGCCACUCGUUCUCAUCUCCACCGCGACUUUCCUCCUCUUAUACAAAUUUCUUGGUCUUUUGCGUCUUCAUAAAAAGGGAGAAGAAUUCAACUUGUCGAACAUCGCAAGAAUCAUCCACGGCUCGAAUCUUCCCGAAGAAAUGUCACUAUUGGCGCAGGAAAUCGAUGACGGGACCGGCAAACGCACUGAGCAGGAUGUCAUUGGACAGAUCGAUUGUUCUACGAGAACACGUUGA